AUGAAAGAGUGCGAAACGGUUCCCCCCGUCCUCCUUACCUACACACCUUGUGUGCCGAGUCUUAUUUGACGACGAUUACAAGUUCCAACAAUAUCUCAAUUUUUACCCCCAAUUACAAAAUUCAUCGAACCCUAAUCUCACAAUUCAUACAAAUUGCAUCAAUUGAUCCGAUUGUAACUGCUCUCCACUCAUCUGUAAUUGUGUUGAAUUGAUUAGUUGAGGUGUGAAUUGUGAUGGAGGGGAACAAAGAUGAAGCUAUUAGAUGUCUCAAGAUCGGCCGUGAUGCUCUUGAUUCUGGUGAUCGUGUUAGGGCACUUAAGUUUGUUGCGAAAGCCAGGCGUCUUGAUCCUUCGUUGUCAGUUGAUGAUAUCUUGGCUGAUAUUGAGGGGAAAAGUGGGGGGGAUUCGACAAAUGGGUCGAGUUUUGAUCCGUUGAAGGAUAUGAAUAAGGGGAGUUUGAAUUCGGGGACUAGGCGUAGGGGUGCGAGUAGUGGGACGGCUUCGGUGGCGUAUAGUGAAGAGCAGGAUAGUAUUGUUCGGGAGAUUAAGAGGAAGAAGGAUUAUUAUGAGAUCUUGGGAGUGGAGAGGUCGUGUAGUGUUGAUGAUGUUAGGAAGGCUUAUAGGAAGUUGUCGCUUAAGGUUCAUCCGGAUAAGAAUCAGGCUCCGGGAGCUGAGGAGGCGUUUAAGUUGGUGUCUAAGGCGUUUCAAUGUUUGAGUGAUGUGGAGAGUAGGAAGACUUAUGAUGUUGUUGGAUCAGAUGAGCCGGUUUAUGAGAGAAGGACUGCGAGGCGUAAUCAAGGGUUUAAUGGGUUUUAUGAUGGCGAUGUUGAUGCUGAGGAGAUAUUUAGGAAUUUUUUCUUUGGAGGGAUGAAUCAAGGUGCUACUACACAUUUUACUGGCUUUAAUUUUGGACCUGGAGGAGUGAAUGUGAGGUUUGGGAAUAACAACGGGUCUGCAGGUGGUUCUAAUAUGAGGGUUUUGCUUCAGUUGUUGCCGGUGAUUUUGAUCUUGUUGGUGAACUUUCUGCCAUCUUCACAGCCUAUCUAUAUCCUUUCAAGAGAAUAUCCAUAUGAGCAUCGUGUUUCCACACAAAAGGGUGUUAACUUUUAUGUCAAGUCAGCCGACUUUGAGCAGCAGUACCCUUAUGGCAGCAAUGAACGAGGGGCGCUGGAGUUAAAAAUUGAAAGGGAGUAUGCAUCUCUUCUUACUCAGAAUUGUCAUGUUGAGGCUCAACGACUUCGUUGGGGUUAUAUAAAGGAGACACCCUAUUGUGAUGCUUUGAAGCGGUUCCGGAAUAUGGCUUGAUGUCUGGAUUUUGUGGUCAAUGUGACUGUUUCAAGUAGUUUUCUUUAUAAAGAAGUUAGCAGUUUUGAUAUUGUGCCCGGGAAAGUGAGAGACGAGGAUUGCAAGUGCAUUUGCAGCUGCCGUGUAUACCUCUAUGCUACCAAGACCAAAAUUAUAGUUGUAUAAGGUUUUUACCAAUAUGAAAUCUUGUGGACCAAUUAUUGACACUUUUGUGAUUGUAUAUUUGGCUUUUGACCAUGCUCACUUCAUACAUUGUCAAUGUUUCUUUCA